UCAUCACUGGACAGUGGACACUGACAUAUUCUUUUGGAUUGUUUUUGUGUCAAACGCAAAGUUAAAACUGAGAUUUAGCAGACCCAGCAUAUAAACAUAUUUUUUUAUAACUUUGAGAAUUCGCAGUCUAUUGUAUAAUUCUAAAUCAUGAAUCAAAUGAACAUGCACGUACCUAUGAACCCAGGUGGUGCAAUGGGCGGUGCGCCUAACGUACCUAUGCAGAUGCCUGUAUCUGGUCAAAUAAUGCAACAGCCAUCGCCACAACAAAUGCAGCCAGCAAUGCCACAACAAACUCAGCAAGACAAAAUGGAUAAUAUCACAAAAGUCAAAACUUUAAUGGGCUCUUUACGAGAAUCACUACCGAUGACAUUAAAAUCUGCUGCUCAAAUCUUACAUCAAAAUCACAGUGUUGAUUGUAACACACAAAAAGGGCUUGAAAAUCCUGCAUCAAGAUUUGACAAAAAUUUAGAAGAAUUUUUUUCAUUAUGUGAUCAAAUGGAAUUACAUUUGCGAACAGCUAUUACAUGUAUUCAGCAAGCGCAGUCAGCGGCCCAUUAUCUACCACUCACUGUUAUACCUUCUAGAAUGGACUCCGGUCCUACUACGCAAGAAACAACAUUAAGCUACCCUCAAUAUUUAAACACGGUGCGUCUUCAGAUAUCAUACGCAAAAGACAUCCACGAUACAUUAGUGGCAGCGGCUCAAAACAUAUCACCGACUGAAUGACCGGAAAGAAAUUAAACACAUUAAUAUAAGAAAUUUAUUUAUUAAGACUACAAUUAAAAAUUUCAAACAA